AUGCUGUUUGUACGUCUUGGGCUUGGGUACCAACGUGCUGUCAAGCAGAUUUUUAAUGAUGGAUCUUUCCGAGAAUUUCCAUCCAUAGCUGAAGCACGGCGUGUUACUGGAAUUAAUCAUAUCUGGAAGCGAUAA